UCCCAGCCGCCCGCCAUGCAUAAACUAGACUUCCGCGAAGACCUCGCCGAGGACGCUGCCCUCCAGCGGAGGCGCUACAGGGAGCUGCAGAGGCAAAGCCGGGUGUUCGACGCCAGGGUCAGGACCAUCGGGGUUGACACGGAAGCUUUGGACGCUCAAAUCAAAGACAGAAAGAUCCAAGAAGCAACCCAGAGGGCAUAUGAUGACACCACUGCUGCUGAAAUGAAACAAAAUGACAAAAUCCUCUGCAUCUUAGAUGAACGACAGAAAAGAGACUCUCAAAUUCUAAACAAAGCUGUCAAUGAAUUUCGCCAAAAUUAUCAGCAGCCAGAAACACGGCGUGAAUUUGAUUUGUCUGACCCACAAGCCCUAAAGAAAGAUACUCCAGCUCGUCUUGCAGACAGUGACCCUCGAUGUACCAUAUCUGGCUUGCAGAAGUUUAUGGGAGAAGAUUUGAACAGUGAGAAUAGGUGGAAAUUCCAGAAGGAGCAAACUAGGGAAUGGCUUUUGGAACAACAAAAUGAUUGGGAGAAAGCAAUGGCGGCUAAAAAAUAUGCAGAUGAUCUCCAUGACCAACACAGAAUGGAACUUGAUCAAAAGGCUAUGAACCUUCAAAGAAUAGAUGAAGAAACGAGACGAGCCAUUUGCAUCACUACUACAGAAUUUAAUAAAGCUCUGGCUGCUGACAUUGCAUCAAGAAGACAACUUGAAAAGCAGCUAGAAAACGAAGAUAACAUAGCUGAGAUUUCAAAUCUGCUUAGAGGAGACCUGCUCUCUGAAAACCCACAGCAAGCUGCCAGUUCUUUUGGUACUGGUCGAGUGAUUCCUAACCGAUGGAAAGGAAUGAACCAGGAUCAGCUGAAAGAAAUACGGGACGUUCAGCUGCAACAAGUUCUGGAGAAGCUGAGGUUGGACGAAGAAGAACGUCAAAGAAAUGCGGAGUGGGACAGAAAGCGCAUUCAGGAAGCUAGGGCAGAAAUGCUUUUCGAACGGCAUCAGCAGCGUCAGAACCGAGAGCUUCGGAGGACAUUAGAUAAUGUUAAUGCACAGCUCUCCAAGGAACAGAAGACAAGGCAAGCAUAUAUUAAUGAAGAGGUGUAUUCAAAUUUUCCUUCUGGCCAGUAUUACACACAAUUUAACACCACCAGCCGGUGAUGUUUGGAUCAAUAUUAUCAAGUCUGAUAUAUCCAAAAGGUUUGCAGAAGUAUAUGUUUCAACUUCAAAACUGUAAUAAAGAAAACAACAUUAAUAUGUUUUUUACCUGA